GUCAGUCUCUUGCCCCAGUUGCCUGUGCAUGUUUCUCAUGCCUGAAUGUCCAGUCCUGCAGCAGAGGACCAAGUGCACUUCCUGUCCUGCAUGAAUGGCCAGGGAACUGUGAGGCCAAGGAGGGAAAAGUCACAACAAGCAAGUUCAGGGACCUGUGUCAACAGUGUGAGAGAGAAAUCUCCCAAGCACACUGUGGAUUAUUUGUGCAUGCUACUGGAUUAUCUACCUUUUACUGACACACCCAAAAGGAGAGGAAAAGAAAUUGUUGACUGUCACUUCUGCCUAAGAAGUGACUGGAUUUUAUGGCCUCUGGUGGAGAAGCUACCUGGAUGAUUGGAAAUGGAGCAGCUCGUGCUGCACCUCUGCUGAGCAAGGCUUUCUGCAAGAAAUACAAGCAUCGGGGUGCCUUAAGUUAAACCAUAUGCAAGUUGCAGUAGCUCCUCACACAGUUUGGAUGUUUCCAAUUGACAUUUGAAUGUUUUCAUCCAAUCUGGUGUGGCUGUGAAAAGUGAGCUUUUCCCUGUGAAGUUCAUGGUGAGCUUUGCAGCCUCACUUCCCAGUGUGGUCUGUGCUAUGGCAGCGACCUACAGGCUGAUGGUGACUUCAGUGAACUGCUACAGCAGCGUGGUGGUAGAGCAGCACUCCCAGCACACUGUGCACUACUGCACAGGCUCCUGCCAGCUCCUCAAACAGGGACUCACCUGCAUAGUUGCACACCACAGUGUCUGUGCAGAGCUCAGUGUCCAAGAUGCCAACCUGGACCAUAAAAUUCCUGUUCCUGAAAAUGGUCUUGCCUUGGCUGGAAAUGAGGACUAUCACCAAAUCCUCCCAAAUAAUCCAAGAAUCAAGAAGGGCUCUUCAAUGCAAGCAUCCAGCAGUUUAAAAGACAUUACUGGUGAGGCAAUAAACCUUGCCAGUGGUAAAAUAAAGGAAUUCUCAUUUGAAAAGCUCAAAAACUCUUCCAGUCAUGUGGCCUACAGAAAGGGAAGGAAAGUUCGAUCAGAAUCUUUCAGCAGACGAUCCUUUGAUUUUGACUUGAUUUAUGGGCACUUUAACAAUGAUGAGAACUGCCCUCCAUGUGGCUUUUUGCAGAGUCCCUCACCUGUGGAGAAAUGGCAGGAGAGCAACGAUGCUCCAGAAGUCACCAUGAAUCCUGUGGUACCCUUCAGCCCUCAUUCCUUCCCUGAAGAAAACUUAAUUACCCAGAUUUUAGAAAAACACAAGCUAGAUGGUUCUUCUGGUGGGGAUAUUAAGGUGUGCCUGGACAUCUUGCUCAAGUGCUCAGAGGAUCUGAAAAAGUGCACAGACAUAAUCAAACACUGCAUCAAGAAGAAGUCUGCAGAUGUUGGUGGAGGGAACAGCAAUGAUCCCCUGGCUAAUUCAGAGAUGAUAUACAUGAAUCUGAUGACAAGAUUUUCUUCCUACCUGAAAAAGCUGCCCUUUGAGCUGAAGACAGCGGGGCAGAGAGAAGCAAGUGACUGGGCAGAGCUGGUGAACUGUUUCCAUGGUUUGCAGCAAACUCCCUUUCCCCUGGUAUUUGGUGAUGAGCAGCCACCCAGGUAUGAAGAUAUCAUUCAGCUGCCAUCCUCAAGUGCGGUUCCUCUCGUUCUACCAGGUCAGGGUGAGGUGACAAGCACCUCACAGUCCAUCCAGACAGGUACUGUGAGCUUCACCUCCAACUCCCUGCCCAGUGUCCCUCCAGAGAGCAGCGUGAGAGCUGUGAAAGAUGCUCUACCUCAGUCACCUGCCCCGAGCCCCUGUGACUGCACGUCUGCCACCGAGGCACUGUACAUCGAGGAGGAGUCUGAUGGGCACAGAGCAACAGGGACAGAGAAGAAGGCAGAGCAGAAGAGGGGCUGGCAGAGCCUGGAGUGCAGCUACGAGCGAGCAUCAGACCUUCCUGCUGAUGCUAAAGCAGAGCAGGCCAGGGUGGGAGAUGCUCCUGAGAAAACUGCUCUUUUAAAACCAGUGUCAGAUCCUGUGUUGUGUGGUGCCCAAGCUGCUGUUCCCAAGGGAAGCCAGACAUGCAGUAGGGUGGACAAGGAGGAGAUAGACAAACUACUGCUGGACUUGGAGUGCUUCUCACAGAAAAUGGAGAGUACUCUGAGGGAACCCUCUCAGAAGGAGGGUGAACCUGCCUCACUGCAGGUGUCUGGCAGGCAGGGUAGACAGGCUCCACCUCUGGCUCUUGACCCCAAAAGUAAACCUGCUGAUCCCCCUUCUUCUUUGUCAAAAAUCAUGGAAACCAACUGUCAUAAAAUGGAAGAGGAUGACAAAGCCCUUUUACUGCGUAUCCUGGGAAGCAUUGAGGACUUUGCCCAGGAGCUGGUGGAAUUCCAGACAGGCAAGGGAAGUUUGUCCAAGGAGAGGGAAGUGAUGCAAAUUCUCCAGGAAACUUUAGCAACUUCUUCACAGUCCCUACUUGCAGGGCAAAAAAACCAUGUUGGGGCUGCAUCCAGAGACUCUGUUCCAGCUUCAAUUCAGCAGGCCCCAGAAGUAAUAAAGGCUCAAAGUAAACAAGAGAAGAAGGCAGGAACUUCAUCCCCAGCCCCCCUGCAGCCUGUGGUUAGCACUUACACUCCUCUGCCUGUGAAUAAACCCACCAGCAGUACCCCUGUGCCCAUAAACAUUCCACGUUUCUACUUCCCUAAAGGACUCCCAAAUGUCUGCACUAACCAUGAAGAAAUCAUUGCCAGGAUUGAAGAGGCCUUUACAGAGUUUGAAGAUGAAAAAGCAAACAUCUGUGAAAUGGGGAAAAUUGCUAAGAUAUGUGGCUGCCCACUCUACUGGAAAGCACCUCUGUUCAGUGCAUCAGGGGGAGAGAGGACAGGACGUGUCUCUGUGCACUCUUUCGUUUCCAUGUGGAGAAAAAUCCUGCGGAACUGCCACGACGAUGCCUCCAGGUUCACUUCCCUUCUGGCAAAGCCUGGCUGUGACUGCCUACAACAGGAGGACUUCAUCCCACUGCUCCAGGAUGUGGUGGAAACACAUCCUGGCCUCACGUUCCUGAAGGAUGCUCCGGAGUUCCAUUCCCGGUAUAUUACAACGGUUAUACAGAGGAUAUUCUACACAGUCAAUCGAUCCUGGUCGGGGAAGAUCACUCUAACAGAGCUGAGGAAAAGCAACUUCCUGCAAACUCUUGCUCUCUUGGAAGAAGAGGAUGACAUAAAUCAGAUCACAGAUUACUUCUCCUAUGAGCACUUUUAUGUUAUAUACUGCAAAUUCUGGGAGCUGGAUACUGACCAUGACCUUUACAUCAGCCAGAAGGACCUGGCUAGGUACAGUGAUCAAGCUUUGUCAAACAGAAUCAUUGAGCGGAUAUUCAGCGGUGCUGUGGUGAGAGGCACUGAAGUUCAAAAGGAAGGACGCAUGAGUUACGCAGACUUUGUGUGGCUCCUGAUUUCGGAGGAAGACAAAAGGAGUGCUACAAGCAUUGAGUACUGGUUCCGCUGCAUGGACCUGGAUGGGGACGGGGUGCUCUCCAUGUACGAGCUGGAAUACUUCUAUGAGGAGCAGUGUGAGCGCAUGGAGGUGAUGGGCAUAGAGCCACUGCCCUUCCAGGACCUGCUGUGCCAGAUGCUGGACCUCGUUAAGCCAGAGAGGGAAGGACGAGUAACCUUGCGAGACCUGAAGAGGUGCAGAAUGGCUCAUGUGUUCUUCAACACCUUCUUCAAUUUAGAGAAGUAUCUGGACAAUGAACAGAGGGAUCCCUUUGCAGUGCAAAAGGACAUGGACAGCGACAGCCCCGAGCCCUCAGACUGGGACAGGUAUGCGGCUGAGGAGUACGAGAUCCUGGUGGCCGAGGAGUCUGGGAAUGAGCAGCUCCAGGAGGGAUCAUGUGAAGAAGACUACGACACAGAAGAAGUCUUACCUCCUCCUGAAACUGGAGCCAAGUCAGACAAACUAGUUAUCUCAGAUCUCUGAGCAUAGAGAAGUGGUAGACAGCUCAUGUCUUUCAAACUGGAUAGCAUUCAGUCCCAAGGCACUUGGGGAUUUUCCUUAAAUCUGAACAAUGUGCUUUAUUUUGUACACUGAAACUUGAGACCCCUUUUUGUCUUCCUGUGUAAUUGCAAUAAGGUAAUUUCUAUGAAAAGGCUUUUUACAAUGUAUUAUUGUGCACAUUCACUGAAAAUGGUGAUUGCACCUUGUUUCAUUUAUAUAUAAAUUCUGUUAUGUCCCCAGAUGUGCAAUAAAUGCCAGCAUCUAAUGAUUACCUGCAACAGCUGCAUGCAACAUCGAUAGUGGUCGUUUCUCAGUCAGUUCUGUCCUAUGCCACUCUGUCCCCUUGGCUUUAUACCAGGAGUGACAAAAGAGCUGCCAAAUUAACUUAAA